CCCAAGUCUACAAAACUAUCAUGCGCGCGCUUUCUUUCUUUCUUGAUAUGACUUUUAGCGUUAGCUGACUUGUAAACAACCCUGCGCAUUUUAGCAUUACCAGAAUUCGAGUUCGUUGACGAGACAAAGCUCUCUGUUUAUUUCGACAAAACUCAUCGGCCAAGAAUGGAGGAAACCGCUCAAGAAGAUGUGUAUAAUCAUGGUGAAGAAAUAGAAGGGAUGUUGACAAAACUAGAGAUGGACUCAGCUUAUACUAAUGAAAAGCUACUCAACUUGCAUGUUCUUCUUAUGCACCUUUUGGCUUGUGAUAAUGAUCUUGAAGGAGUAGAGACACUUGAUUCCUCUGCAGCAUCCUUUGAGAAAGCUUUAACGUUUGAUCUGUUAUGUGGUAUAUUGGAGUCUGAGUUAAAGGAAGUGGAAGAGGUUUUAGAUGAGAUAGAAGUUCAAAUAGUUGACACUUCUUAUAAGUUAUCUACUUGUAAACACACAAACUAUAUCUUCAUGGAAGGAAAGUUGAGUGAAUCUGCAGAAUCCUUGAAGCAGUCUAGAGGACAAGUCUCAGAGAUCACUCUGCAAUUAUCUCAGCUUAGAAGAACACUUCAUUACAUAAGAACUGGUACAAAUGGUCAAGAUUUAAGGCAGAGAUAUGCGUUGAGACCAUCUGAUUUAAGGCAUAAAAAUGCUUUGAGGAUGCUUGAGAAGUCACUUUCAAGAGAGUUGGAGCUGGAGAAGAAGUUAAUGGAGUUUCAGCAAAACGAAGAAGAGCUGAAACUCAAGCUACACUACACAGAGGAGGUAUCUUCUAGGAUGGAAGAAGCAGCAGAGUAUAUAUGGGGACAGUUUCUAGAAGCAGAGAACUCUUCAGAGGUGCUUAUGGGUAUCUCAAAGGAGCUUGUUAACCGUCUUCAGAUUUUUCAGUUGAGUCAGAAUGGUUCAGCACAAAGAGAGUCAGAACUUAAGGCUAAGCUUGAAGAUCUCAUUGUACAGCUCCAAGGGAAAGAUCUUAUGGUGCAAAAGCUUGAGGGAACAAUUCAAGAAAAUCAAGAAAUGGUUUCAGAUGUACUUACUCUGAGAGAACAAGUGAAGUCAGCUGAAGAGAAGCUUGAAAAAGCCGAGAUUGAGCUGAGAAGUGUCAAUGCCUCUAAAGAAGAAGCUCUCUUACAUCUUUCUGAUAUGGAGAAUGCUAAUGAGUCCAUCAAAGAAGACCUUUUCGAGGCUGAGAGCAGAGCUGAGAGUGGUGAAGCUAAGAUUAAUGAGUUAAAUGCUGCAAAUCUUGAACUUACUGAGGAGCUAAAUUUUCUGAAAGAUGCUGAUGAGAAAAAGACAAAGAAGGUGAGUUCACUCGAGAAGCAAGUUAGGGAGUUAGAAUUUCAAUUACAAAGCUCCAAGGUAUCAUCAGAAGCAAGUCAAGAACAGCAGAACAUGUUGUAUUCAGCGAUAUGGGAUAUGGAGACUUUGAUAGAAGAUCUCAAAGAUAAAACCUCAAAAGCUGAGAGUAGAAGUGAGACAGUUGAGGAGCAAUGCGUUGUGGUUUCUACAACUAACUCUGUACUAAACAAAGAAGUGACUCUUUUGAGGCAAAGAGUCAAAUCCUUGGAAGCAUCAUUGGAGCUAGCUAACGAUGAAAAAGAGAAAAAUGCACAAGAGAUAACUGUGAGGAAUAAGCUUUUGAUGGAUAUGGUGAUGCAAUUAUCCAGUGAAAGAGAACGUAUACAAGAACAGUUAUAUUCUUUGGCUAAGGAAAAUGAAAAACUGAGAGUGAAUCAAUGCUCAAUGGGAAGUAAAUACCAAAGAAAUGGAACUUACGCUGGGGACAAAGAUGUUGGCAAAAUAGAGGCAUUUUCUGAAAGUCUGCAGGAGGAUGAGAGAACAAGGGAAGAACUAGAAACUGAUGUUGAACCAGAGGACCACUUUGCGUCUGAAAAGAGUAGCAUGAACACUGAGAUCAGAAGAGGCAUACUAGUUUUGGCCUUAGUUUUUGUGUUUUCUUUCAUUCUUUGCUUUGGCGUUUGUUACUAGAAAAAACAAAUCAAUUUGAAAAAUUUGUUUCUCUUUUAGCAAAUAUCAUUAGCCAUUUGUAUAUUUUUUUGUAAAUGCUCGAUUCUUGUAU